AUGGCCAAAGUCUCCCGUUUUUAUAGGAUAAAGACAGGUUACAUCAAAAGUACCAUUGGAAAGAAUUACACCCAAAUCAAGUUCAAGAUCCAACAGUUGUAUAGAGAGGUGGACUUUGGGGUCACCAUCUCCAGGUUGGAGAUUUUGUGGGUGGAGCCUGAGGAGGGCAGACUUUGGGGAGAAGAUGGAAGUCAAUGGUGCAAUGCCGUGGAGUCCACCUUCAAAAGAAACUUUGGGUGCGUCAGGAAAGGCGUUUAUAAAAUGAGAAAGAAGCAAAUAGAUGUGGCCAUCAAGAUGCUGAAAAGUGAAAACCAGAAGGCAGCCAGAGAUGACAUGAUGCAGGAGGCUUACAUCAUGCACCAGCUGGACAAUCCCUACAUCGUUCGGGUGAUCGGUGUUUGUGAGGCCGAAGCUCUGAUGCUAGUGAUGGAGAUGGCUCCCGGUGGACCACUCAACAAGUUCUUGCAUUCAAAGCGGGACGAGGUACCUGUGAAUAACGUGGUGGAGCUGAUGCACCAGGUGGCGAUUGGCAUGAAGUACCUGGAAGAGAGGAACUUUGUCCACAGAGACCUGGCCGCCCGGAACGUCCUUCUCGUCAAUCAGCACUAUGCCAAGAUCAGCGACUUUGGGCUUUCCAAGGCUUUAGCAGUGGAUGACAGCUACUACUUGGCUAAGACAACUGGGAAAUGGCCGCUGAAGUGGUAUGCCCCAGAGUGCAUCCUUUUCCGCAAGUUUUCCAGCAAAGGUGACGUCUGGAGCUAUGGGGUGACCAUGUGGGAGGCCUUCACCUAUGGCCAGAAACCGUACAAGAAAAUGAAAGGCCCCGAGGUCAUUGCCUUCAUUGAGGAAGGGAAGCGGAUGGAAUGCCCCCCCAAAUGCCCUCCUGAGAUGUACAAACUGAUGUGCCAAUGUUGGACCUUCAAGUUGGAAGACCGUCCAGAUUUUGCCACCGUGGAGACCCUCAUCCGCACCUAUUACUACAGCAUCGCUGCUAGAACUGAAGAAGUGCCUGAGAUGGUCAGCCAGACAUCAGCUUAGCUCCAAUGAGCUGGC